CCAUGUUUUAAAAGCAAAAGCAUUUUAUUUUUAAUCCCUACCUCCGGUAAUGGUACAGUCUAAGUUACUCAAGGAAAUUGUUGGUGUUUACAGUUUUGCUCUUAUUCUGAAGCCAUGAGUAUGCUCAGGCUUCAAAAGAGGCUGGCAUCCAAUGUCUUACGCUGUGGCAAAAAGAAAGUGUGGUUGGACCCAAAUGAGACCAAUGAAAUUGCCAACGCGAACUCCAGGCAGCAGAUUCGUAAGCUGUUGAAGGAUGGUCUGAUCAUUAAAAAGCCUGUAACUGUUCACUCUCAUGCCCGCUGUCGCAAGAACACACUGGCUCGGAGGAAGGGCCGCCACACAGGCAUUGGUAAGAGGAAGGGCACAGCAAACGCUCGCAUGCCAGAGAAGCUGUGCUGGAUGAGACGGAUGCGAAUUCUGCGCCGGCUGCUCACGCGCUACAGAGAGGGAAAGAAGAUCGACAGACACAUGUACCACAUACUAUACCUGAAGGUGAAGGGAAAUGUGUUCAAGAACAAGCGGAUUUUGAUGGAACAUAUUCACAAGCUCAAAGCCGACCAGGCUCGCAAGAAUCUCCUGGCUCACCAAGCAGAAGCUCGUCGCUCGAAGACGAGAGAGGCCCGCAAACGUCGAGAGGAAAGACUUCAGGCCAAGAAGGAAGAGAUGAUCAAGAACCUGUCCAAAGAUGAUGAAACCAAAGCGAAAAAAUAAUCUCGUUUUCUCUUUCAUUCUAAAUAUAGUCCUCCAUUAUACAAAAUAAAUUGAUUAAAGUUAA